GCGAGAGGGAGAGAGAGAGAGAGAGAGAGAGAGAGAGAGAGAAGGCUCCGCUCUCUCUUAUCGCGCCGUAAUCCAAUUAACUUUAUUUUCUCAAGAUCUCGACAGUGCAUUCUGGAGUGGUACUCUAUUAAAGCGCACUAUGCAUCGCUCCUCUUCAAACGCGAUCCUGUCGCCGCUAGCAGCUCGCUGCACUUGCACGCGCGUGCCCGCGUAGUAACUACAUUCCGCAAAGGACAAGUAGACGCAGGAUUACUGAACUCGAGAGGCCAAACUAACAACUUGAGUGCUCGCCAAGUCAACACCGAUACCCGGCACCGUUAUCCCGAGGGUCUCACCGCGCGAUGUCUCACCGUGAUAUUCUCAAAACCGAUCGAGAGAGCCGUAUUCAUAAGAGCAAUAUCCUAGACGAACAUACUUGGUUUGCGUACCUUAUAUUCACUUUGAAAACAGGAAAUGGCAAGCGCACUGUGCUAAGAGUUUACGCAAAGUAAAGAGGAACGUAUGAUGAUAACAAUCGGAGAGAUUAUACAAGACCUAUUAAAGGCACAUCACGAAAAUAGAGAUGUAGAUUUAAACAAAUUAAAAACACGAAUUGCUUCAAAAUAUGGCUUGGAUUCUUCUCCAAGAUUGGUUGAUAUUAUUGCAGCUGUGCCUAGUGAUGCCAGACAUAUACUUGUACCAAAGUUGAAAGCGAAACCUAUUAGGACUGCUAGUGGAAUUGCAGUUGUAGCCGUAAUGUGCAAACCACAUAGAUGCCCACAUAUUAAUAUGACGGGUAAUAUUUGUGUUUAUUGUCCUGGAGGACCAGAUUCUGAUUUUGAAUAUUCUACACAAUCUUAUACAGGAUAUGAACCCACAUCAAUGAGAGCAAUACGUGCAAGAUAUAACCCUUUCUUACAAACCAGACAUCGUAUUGAACAAUUGAAGCAACUAGGGCAUAGUGUUGAUAAAGUUGAAUUUAUUGUUAUGGGAGGUACUUUUAUGUCCCUGCCAGAUGAUUAUAGAGAUUAUUUUAUAAGAAAUUUACAUGAUGCAUUAUCUGGCCAUGUAAGCAGUAAUGUUGAUGAAGCGGUCAAAUAUUCUGAAUGUAGUCGCACAAAAUGUAUUGGCAUCACUAUUGAGACUCGACCUGAUUAUUGUCUCAAGAAGCAUCUUUCAGAUAUGUUACGUUAUGGAUGCACGCGUUUAGAGAUUGGUGUUCAGUCCGUAUAUGAAGAUGUAGCACGUGAUACUAACAGAGGACAUACAGUGCGUGCUGUAUGUGAGAGUUUCCAGUUAGCCAAAGAUGCUGGAUUCAAAGUAAUAGCUCACAUGAUGCCGGACUUACCGAAUGUCGAUUUCGAACGAGAUGUUUAUCAGUUUAUUGAAUUUUUCAAAAAUCCUGCAUUUCGAGCAGAUGGAUUAAAAAUUUAUCCGACGCUUGUCAUACGUGGAACUGGUUUGUAUGAAUUAUGGAAAACUGGAAGAUACAAAAGUUAUGCGCCUAGUGUACUUAUUGAUCUUAUAGCUCGUAUUUUAUCCUUAAUACCACCGUGGACACGCGUUUAUCGCGUACAGCGUGAUAUACCUAUGCCAUUAGUAAGUUCUGGUGUAGAACAUGGAAAUUUACGUGAGCUAGCGUUAGCCAGAAUGAAAGAUUUAGGUACAGAUUGCCGUGAUGUUAGAACGCGAGAAGUAGGAAUUCAAGAAAUACAUCAUAAGGUGCAGCCCUAUGAAGUUGAACUUAUACGACGUGACUAUGUUGCUAAUGAAGGAUGGGAAACGUUCCUAUCAUAUGAAGAUACUAUGCAAGAUAUUCUAGUUGGUUUACUUCGAUUGAGGAAAUGCUCCGAUAAUACAUUUAGAUCAGAAUUGAAAGAAAAAACUUCUAUAGUAAGAGAGCUUCAUGUUUAUGGCAGUGUAGUGCCUGUAAGUGCACGUGAUCCCACAAAGUUUCAACACCAAGGAUUUGGUACUCUGUUGAUGGAGGAAGCUGAACGAAUUGCAAAAGAGGAACAUAAAUCUCAUAAAAUUUCUGUAAUUUCAGGUGUUGGCACGCGCAAUUACUAUAGAAAAUUAGGUUAUGAACUUGAUGGCCCAUAUGUGUCUAAAAUGCUUAUAUAAUAAACUAAUAAAAUGGAUUUUAUUGUUUAUAA